GAAUCUAUCACAUUCUUUCCUCAUUUCCAGAUAACACCCACACACAUACAAAAUUUAAUCACAUUCCCAUAUAACAACAAACCAUGGCUGCCGCAACGGCCGCCACUAAGCUCACGUCCGGCCUGUUUUCCGGCCCAUACAUCCGUCGUAAACCACCCCAUGUACUGUCAAGCUACCAAAACACACAACCCACAAAACCCAUAAGUUUAAGUACAAGAAAAAAUGGAACAGUAGUAUGCAAAGCAGCUGAGGUUUCGUCCUCCGGCGGCGUGUCGUCGGAGGACAGACGGAACUGGGUUCCGGUCGUGCCGUUGUCGGCAUUGCCGAAAGGCGAAAGGAGAGUGAUAAUUCAAGAUGGGGAGACAAUAUUGUUGUUAUGGUAUAAAGAUGAAGUUUUUGCUAUUGAAAAUAGAUCACCUGCUGAAGGUGCUUAUAGUGAAGGCUUGAUCAAUGCUAAACUUACUCAGGAUGGCUGUAUAAUGUGCCCAUCAACUGACAGCACAUUCGAUUUGCGAAAUGGGUCCAUUAAAGAAUGGUUUCCAAAAAAUCCUGUUUUAAGAGUGCUUACACCUGCAUUGAGGGGUUUAUUUGUUUAUCCAGUGAAAAUUGAUGGUGAAAAUAUUUGCAUAAGCAUCGGAGGAUCUGCACCUGCUGAUGCAUCUGCAGAAAUCGUCUUUAGUGGGAUGUCUAAACCUGGUAUAACGGCAUCUGAUGUCAAUGUUGAUGAGGUUAGAAUGGUGGUUGAUGAGGGGUCGACAGGAUUUGGUUUCAAUAGAAAAAAUGAGUUGAUAAAUGGAAAGGCAGCUAUUAUCGGGUUCCUCUUGGUGCUAGAUUUUGAACUAUUGACCGGUAAGGGGAUCCUAAAGGGCACGGGCUUCUUGGAUUUUCUCUAUGCCGCUACUAACACGUUUAACUAAGCGUCGUUAUUGGAAACGCCCUGACAGUUCAUUGGUAAUAUAUACAUUCUUUACCUAAAGUUGUAUCUACGUUGUCAUCUCUUUUCCUUACUGACAGUUUUACAAGAUAUUUCUGGUUGAGUUAUGUCAGUUUCAGAAAUCAAAUAAAAACUGAUGAAUGUAUAUGCUAUAAAUUUGUUUAUAUUAUGAAAAAGUUACCCAA